AAGCACUCAGCAGAAACCCGAAGACUGUUGCACGGGAGCCUGAAUAGAAUUAUAAAUUCAUUUGCAUUGUGUUGAUGUGGCAAGUCACAAUUAGCUUUUUGAAAGUCCUAUAUCUUGAAAGCUUUAUUUCUGAAAUGCAAAACAUUUUGGACUAAAUCAACAGUGGACUAAUAGUUUUUGAGUGGAUUUUUCCUUUAAGAGCUGUGCCUGCCUGUGAGUGAGCCUAUGACUGGCCCAGUCAGGAUGCAUAAACGUUGACAACUUUUCAGCAAUUUGACCUAGCUCUUGCAACAUUACUGAAUUUGCUUCUCCCAUCUGGCUCUCCAGUCACUGAGCGCUAACACAUAGGAAGGAGUGGCAUCCUGCCUCUCCAAGGGGACCUGGCUGAUUUUACCUCCAGGAGCCACAUUGCCUUCUCAGCCGUCCUGCUAUGGUUUGUCUUGUUUUAUUGGUUGGGGAGUGUUAUGAGUUGCUCAGAAAAGGGGUAUGGGUUAGAUCUCUGCAUGCUGAAGCCUAAACCAGGCCUUUCACGCCUGGCCACAUCCCCUGACUCUGUGGAGGCAUCCCACCUCGUUUCCAUGUCAUCGCCCCUUGUCUCCCCAUCCCAGUCACGGCUCAAGUACAUGUCCCUGGGUGUGCUGGUGCUGCAGACCACCUCACUGGUGCUUACCAUGAGGUACUCGCGCACACUGCAAGGCGAGGGGCCCCGCUACCUAGCCUCCUCAGCCGUGGUGUUGGCCGAAUUGCUUAAGAUCCUCAUCUGCCUGCUGCUCAUCUUCUAUGACCACAACUUCAGUUUUCUUGUGUUGAAUCGGGUGCUGAAGGAAGAGAUUCUCAACAAGCCCAUGGAGACGUUGAAGCUGGCCAUCCCAUCAGGCAUCUACACACUCCAGAAUAACCUUCUCUAUGUCGCCCUGUCCAACCUGGACGCUGCUACCUACCAGGUGACGUACCAGCUGAAGAUCCUGACCACGGCCCUGUUCUCAGUAUCCAUGCUGGGGAAGAGACUGGGGCUCUACCAGUGGCUGUCCCUGCUCAUCCUCAUGACUGGUAUCACUCUCGUUCAGUGGCCUUCAGAGUCUCUGGAUGGGCCAGCUCCGACGCCUCUGUCUGCAGGCUCCCAGUUAGUUGGUGUGAUAGCCGUACUGAUAGCCUGCUUUUCCAGUGGCUUCGCUGGAGUCUACUUUGAGAAGAUCCUCAAAGGGACCACACAGAGUGUGUGGGUCCGCAACAUCCAGCUAGGUUUGUUUGGUCUGGUGUUUGGUCUAAUGGGAGUGUUUGUGUACGACGGAGAGAGAGUGAGGGAGUCCGGAGUGUUCCAAGGCUACAACCCACUCACCUGGACUGUUGUGGCCCUGCAGGCUCUGGGUGGGUUGGUCAUAGCAGCAGUCAUUAAGUAUGCAGACAACAUCCUGAAGGGGUUUGCCACCUCACUCUCCAUCAUCCUGUCAACACUCAUAUCCUACUUCUGGUUGGUGGACUUCGACCCCACCAGUGUGUUCUUCCUAGGAGCAGUGCUGGUCCUUGCUGCCACCUUCCUGUAUGGCUAUGAGGCUGAGGCCUGCCACCAGCCACAGCAGAGUCUAGAUUGGAGACCCACCACCAGCCAUAGCACAGUUUAGAUUGGAGACCCACCACCUGCCAUAGCAGAGUUUAGAUUGGAGACCCACCACCUGCCAUAGCAGAGUCUAGAUUGGAGACCCACCACCUGCCAUAGCAGAGUGUAGAUUGGAGACCCACCACCUGCCAUAGCAGAGUUUAGAUUGGAGACCCACCACCUGCCAUAGCAGAGUUUAGAUUGGAGACCAGCCACCAGCCAUAGCAGAGUGUAGAUUGGAGACCCACCACCAGCCAUAGCAGAGUUUAGAUUGGAGACCCACCACCUGCCAUAGCAGAGUUUAGAUUGGAGACCCACCACCUGCCAUAGCAGAGUCUAGAUUGGAGACCCUCCACCUGCCAUAGCAGAGUUUAGAUUGGAGACCCGCCACCAGCCAUAGCAGAGUUUAGAUUGGAGACCCACCACCAGCCAUAGCAGAGUUUAGAUUGGAGACCCACCACCUGCCAUAGCAGAGUCUAGAUUGGAGACCCACCACCAGCCAUAGCAGAGUUUAGAUUGGAGACCCACCACCUGCCAUAGCAGAGUCUAGAUUGGAGACCCACCACCUGCCAUAGCAGAGUUUAGAUUGGAGAC